GCGUGUAAUCACGAACGAAAAAAAUUCAAAAAUUAACAAUUAAAAAAACGAGAACUCUUUAUAAAUAAGUUAUAAAAUCAUCGACGACGACACGACACAUCAGAAUAAUCGUGUGCCUGUACGCGUAGUUUAAUAAUAACAAAAAUAAUAAAAUCAAAAUAAAAACGUACACUGAACGUACGUGAAUUUAGACAAAUUUUUACAAGACAUUGAAUCAAAAAAACUAUUUUUACAUUUUUUGUUUUACAUUAACGGUUCACUAAACCUUCGCUACUCUUCUUUUUUUUCCUUCGAGAAGAGUUGAUUACAUGUAAAAAUUCAACUAAAAAAGAUAAAGAAAAACAAGUUUUGACACAUCAUCAUUGAGACAACGGAUAAAUAUCACAAAAAUUGGAUUGAUUGGAAAUUCAGAGGUUUCUCUAAAACAAAAAAAAACUUCUAGAACACUGAUAAGAAGAUUAUGUCACUAAAUGUUUUUUGUGUGUUGUUGUUGUUUUACUAACAAAGCAACCACAAUGGCUUUUUAAAUAAUCAAUCUGGCACGAUAUGGUUCCAAAUCGAUCAAUUUUACUGGUUACUCUACCGAGUUUAGCGUUGAUCUUGGGCUUUGUCUGGCUAAGACGCAAGAAAUCUGGUGUACAUUGUGACACCGGUGGAAAUAAUAACAAGGGACGUUUAAAGGACAGCAUCGCUGCACCAUCUAACAACAACAAAACUGCCAAAUUAGCCUCCCCCAACAAGUUACAGGGCAUCCGCGAAGAGGUUUUCGAGGAGGAAAUUCACGCACAAGACCUCAAACGUAGUCAAUCGUUGCCUUGCGCCCCCCAGGGAUCCCCCUCACGUGACUCUGCCGAUCGGGUAACCGGAAAAUCGGCUCCAAUUGCGAUCGCCCCCAAUCCGCGCAGUCCCCCUAUUAAAGUUACGGAGACGCAACUCGAUAGCGAGAUUCUAAAACUCAAGUUGGAAGAGUCAGAUUACAAAAAUUUGCUCGCGAUCAAGGAAUUAGAGGACGAUUCCGAUACUGAGUCGCCUGUAGAUUUGCCAGGAACGAUUGAACGUCGUCGCCGCUAUCAAACUUCGUUCAACGCCAACGGUCCCGAACAACCGGUCGUCAUAAAAGCCAGCAUGACAGCCAAAGUUUCGCCCAAAGGCAGUUUCGCCGAGUCCAAUAACAACGGAAUCGUGCGCAACGACAGUCCCGUCGACGUAAAUGCCAACAAAGACGAGAAAAUUGGCGUCGAAGAGGAUCAUCACGAUGAAAAUGAGGCACGCAACACCCCUGUGGCAAGUCCCCCCUUGUCCUUGUGCAGCAUCCGAUCGACCGAUUCGGGCAAAGGAUCUUCGCCUCCCCACUCUGAGGGCGACGGCGGUGCCGUAACCUCCAUCUACGAAUUCGUUGUGCCAGUUAAUGCCGUGCCGCAGCUCAUUGGACGCAAGGGCAACUACGUGAACCAACUGAAAAGCAAGACAGGUGUCAAUUUGAUCGUGAAAAAACAUCCCACAAUUAACAAGCAGAAAAUUUGCUCCCUCGAAGGCACGCAAAAGGAAAUUGAUGCCGCACUGAAGAUGAUUCGUGCCAAGUUGCCGGAAAAACGAUAUCCCACAGUGACGUUGGAACGGGUCUUCUUGUCGCACCCCAACAGUGUCAUCCCCUUGCCUGCCAUCGAUACGAGCUUGUUGCACAUGCACCUCAUCGAGGGCAUCAACAACGACGUCGUCAUCAGUAGCAUCAUGUCGGGCGGGCACGUGUUCCUCCAGCAGCCGCUGCAUCCGUCGUACCCGCAACUAAAUGUCCUGCAAAUGUGCAUGAAUCAAAGCUACUCAGUGAUUGAGACACCAAACUUACUGCAAAAUAUUGUGGAAGAUGCGGUGUGUGCCGCGCCCAUUCUCGCACCCGACAACACCACAAACUGGUAUCGUGUACAAAUUAUUUCACAUAAUCCGGAGACGGAGACAUGUCUUGUAAAAUAUUUAGAUUAUGGCGGCUAUGUUAGUGUAUAUGCUAAAGAUUUAAGACAAAUUAGAACUGAUUUCAUGACGGUACCGUUUCAAGCAACCGAAUGUCUCUUGUCAAAUAUCAAACCAACUGGUUUGGAAUGGGUACCUGAAGCAAGUGAAGUACUUUAUAGUUUAACAUCAGGUAUUGUGUUACAAGCACAAGUCGCUGGAUAUUCCCAGGAUGGACUUCCAGAAGUGUAUUUAUAUGCUUGUUUCGCUAAGGAUAACGUAGUCUUUAUUAACCAAGAAUUAGUUGCUCGUGGACUCGCAGAAUGGGUACCAACACAACAACAACAAGAUGUUGUCUAAGUAUAAACGUUUUCUUUUCUUUUUUUUUUGUACAAGAAUCAUCAGCGAGAAAAAAGGAA